GAUUAUUUUGAGCUUAACCGGCCAUGAUCCAUAUCCUGAACAAAGACUUUAUAUAAGGCUUGGGCACACAUCCAUAACAAGAAGCAAAAAACCAUAUUGAUUUGAAAUUGGAUGGUGUGAGUUGAAGCAAAGUCAGGAUGGCCAACAUGCAAAUUGUCCCAGCUUACAAGACUAUUGUGGAGGCACAGUAUGUUGAAAUGAUGGUUCCAUUGUACUCUUAUGGAUGCGAGAAGAAAAUAAAGAAAACCUUAUCCAACCUUAAAGGCAUAUACUCGGUAAAUGUCGAUUAUUAUCAACAAAAGGUGACAGUGUGGGGAAUUUGCAACAAAUAUGAUGUGCUAGAAACCGUGAGAAGCAAGAGAAAAGAGGCUCAGUUUUGGAACCAAGAAGACAAUGUUGUAUUAGAGAAAUCACAAUCACCCUCAUCUUCACCACCACCACCCUUUCCUCACAAGGAUUUUAAACCCUCUUUAGCUUUAACCAAGGUUCGAUCUCUGAGUUUGAAAGCAUGGAAGAAGGUCUUCACUAGAUCAUAUUCUUUCUAGCUAUAUAAAGCUCAAAUGAUCAGUGCAAGAGAGGAAUAUAUAAUUAAGAAAUGGCUCCAAAAAAAAAAAGUGUAAAUUUUGAAAUGGAAAUGUUCCAAUAUGAUCUCAUUUGUAUUGUAGAUAUUAUUGUCCUAGCAUUUGGAUGGACUCUCUAUGUCCUUGCCCUGUUUCUUUUUACAUGUACUGAGAUUUUGCUUUCUUUUAUUGAAUCUGAUAUCACAACGUCAUAUCUUGGCAUCUACAAAUUACAGCUAGCUAGUCUAUGCCAAAAUAACCCUCACUCAUUAUGCUACAUUUGGAUUCUUCCUGUUUGAGGCAAGCUAGGUUCUCUUGAAGGUACAUUUUGUUAAACUACUUUAGCUAAUAGCCUUAUACUACCAUUGUCCUAUGUUGUAGUGGGCCAAUUUAUAGA